AUGUCUUUCCAGAACUUCGAUUCCUUCCCCAACCAGGACGCCGCUGCCGCUGCUGGUGCCCCGGCUCAGGCCGACACCACCAUGACCGGCCAGGCUGAUCCCGCUGGUGCUCCCUUCCAGGGUCCCGCCGGUGAUGCUGCUGCCGCUCCCGGUCCUCAGCAGGGUGCUGAUGGCAAGACCACUCUCUGGAUGGGUGAGCUUGAGCCCUGGAUUGAUGAGAACUUCAUCCGCAACCUGUGGUUCCAGAUGGGUGAGCAGGUCAACGUCAAGAUGAUCCGUGACAAGUUCUCUGGGAGCAACGCUGGAUACUGCUUCGUGGACUUUGCUUCCCCCGCCGCUGCCGCCAAGGCCCUCUCCCUCAACGGCACUCCCAUGCCCAACACCAACCGUGUCUUCAAGCUGAACUGGGCUACUGGUGGUGGCCUCGCUGACCGCAGCCGUGAUGACCGUGGCCCCGAGUACUCCAUCUUCGUUGGUGAUCUCGGCCCCGAGGUUAACGAAUACGUUCUCGUCUCCCUCUUCCAGAGCCGCUUCCCCUCUUGCAAGUCCGCCAAGAUCAUGACCGACCCCAUCAGCGGCAUGUCCCGUGGCUACGGUUUCGUUCGCUUCUCCGAUGAGAACGACCAGCAGCGUGCUCUCACCGAGAUGCAGGGUGUCUACUGCGGCAACCGCCCCAUGCGCAUCUCCACCGCUACCCCCAAGAACAAGGGUCCCGGUGUCGGUGCUGCCAACAUGGGCGGCAUGCCCGGCCCCGCCGGCAUGUACCCUCCUAUGGGCGGUCCCCCCAUCGGCUUCUACGGCGCUCCCCAGCCCAUGAACCAGUUCACCGACCCCAACAACACCACCGUCUUCGUCGGUGGCCUCUCUGGCUACGUUACCGAGGAUGAGCUCCGCUCUUUCUUCCAGGGAUUCGGAGAGAUCACCUACGUCAAGAUUCCCCCUGGAAAGGGCUGUGGUUUUGUCCAGUUCGUCCAGCGCCACGCUGCUGAGAUGGCCAUCAACCAGAUGCAGGGCUACCCCAUUGGUAACUCUCGUGUCCGUCUGAGCUGGGGCCGUUCCCAGAACAACUCCGGCCCUGCUGGCAGCCCCUACCGUCCGGCUCCCCCUCCCCCUCCCAUGUACCCCUCCAUGGGCAUGCCCCCGGCUCACCAGUAUGGCGGGUUUGCCCCAAUGAAGGUUAGCAGUCACCCCGGCAGCCCGGCCCCCGAACACUCUUGA